GUUCAACGGAUCCCUCUUAAAAUGGUAACAAAUGGAGCAACUUAAAUGCCAUUGUCUAUCACCUUCCUUAAUGACCAAAACUUGUCCUUUUUCCCCUCUUCCUUCUAAUAUAUAUACUUCCCAAUUCGUUUAGGACUUUUCACAAGCAGGUGUGCAGACCCUAAAGUGUGAUCUCUUUCUUUAACACCCCCCCUUAAACAAGAAGUGGUUUGGAGAUCAAUUUCGGCUACCAAAUGGAGGAGAAGCACGUCAAGCACAACAAAAGCUAUCAUGGAGAUGGAGAGGUGGGUUGUCUUCCAAUUCACAGUCAAGUCAUAAAGAUCAAACAAGAAUUCAAGAAGAUCCAGCAUCCGGGGCUGAAGCAGACGGAGAUGCGACGUGUUAUAUACAAGAUCACAAGGGAACGCUCGCGUUCGCCUCUGGGUUUAGCGGAGAGACCCAUCUCAGUCGGAAACUAAUGGAAGGUUUACCAGAGAUCGUUUAUGAAUAUCAUGGUGAAAAUUUUCAGCGUAGCAGAUGCUCCUUGAUGGGUUUAGAAAUCUUUUUAUUUGCUCUUAUUUCUAGGUAUAUCACCUCUUCCCCCCCCCCCCCCCUCUCGUCGGCUUUUAGGCUCUGCCUCUAGUCCAGUUGCUCUGUUUUUGAGAUUCUGUACUCUGUACAUAUCUUUGAUCAAGAGAUAAAAGGUAGAAAGUUAAUUAAAGAUGUGAUGAAAUCUUUCCUUUUCGUUUUU